AUGAAGUCAUCCAGUAUCAUCGCAACACUGUUUGCUACGGCAAGCUUGGGUGCUGUUCUGCGAAACAGAGAAGGUUGCGGAUUUGACGUCGUCCAAUUCUACGCGAGCUGCGUCCCCCACAGUCUCUAUUGCUCAUACUCCUUCAACGUGACCUCGGAAUCAAUCACCGCCCCCGUCGAAUGCAGCUCGUUCGUUCAGGGCCCAGACUACCUCCCUACAAUCCCCCUCACGGGAUGCAGUGACCCUACGGUGUCGUACUCCUUCGACGUCGGUGAGGACGCCUUCACACUGGCUGUGACGACAGCGUCUUCUAAGGGCCAGAAUCUCACCGGCACUCACACUAUCACCGCUGAUGAGGUCGUGGUCGACGACAAUGGCUCCGUACGCGACCAGCGGUACAUUGGGCCGCAGAACUUCACCAUCAGUGCUGCAUUGGUCGAGAUCUAG